CGGUACAUUUUAGCCCUGUAAGAAUUUUGUCCUUCGCGUCGGCCGGUAGUCGUGACUCUGACGUUGGAGUGGGGAGGACUGACCAUGUAUGCCAAGGCUGUGAAGCUGGCAGCAGUCCCAGCAGUGCUGGGGUUAGCAUCCUUUCGUGUGUAUGCGGUGAAGGAGGGAAAGCACAGUGGGAGCAUCACACCUCAACAGCUCUCCAUUUACUCCCCUCCGACCUCGAAGCUGAAAUAUGUGGAUGAGCAGCCGGGUCGUCUGCAGGGAGGUUUUUCAGUGGUGAGGGAGACGGUGCACCCCUUUGUCCAGAGGGUGAAGGGUGCCUAUACAUCUGUCAGAAAUGGAGCCAUGAAUGCUGUCCAUUUUGGACAAGAUACCUACAUAUACCUGAAGGACCCACCUCCUGGCUUUCUACCCAGAGUCAGUGUGAUUGCAGUGUCUGGAUUGGCUGGCCUGAUCCUAGCAAGGAAUGGCUCCCGGUUUAAGAAGGUUAUGUUUCCAUUGGGUCUUGCAGCUGUCGGAACAUCUGUUUGUUACCCAGCACAGGCCGUGGCAGCUGUCAAGGUCAGUGGGAAGAAGGUUUAUGUUGCCAGUCACUGGGCCAGUGGCACAAUCAGUUCACUUUGGAAACCAAGUCCUGCUGAAGAAGCCCACGCCAAGCUACACAAUCAUGAGUCUGCUUCAGUACCUGUGAAAGUGCCCAACCCUGAUGUAGUUAAAAGCUUAGACACCCCAGAGGUCAAUGCUGUUCCCAUGCCAGAUAUAGUCCCAGAUGUUCCUGAGGCUGUGCCAGAUCAUACCAUUGAGACUGAAGUACUUUCAGCAGAGGAGGCACCUCCACAAGACAACUUACCUGCUUCCGAGCCUGUACCUGCUUCUGUCCUCAACGCUGUGCCUGAUCCUUCCUCUCCUGCUGAACUACCUGCACCAACAGAGUCUUCAUCCCCUUCCGAGGCUGAACAGCCAGACACCACUAAAUCACAUGAAUCACUGUCUCCACAGAAAGAGCUGGAAGCCGUAUCGGAGCCCAGCAUACCAGUCUCUCCCAGCUCUGAGACACCUACAGAUCUUUCAGAGAAGCCCAGGUUCAGCCCUGACCCCCGCUUACUGGACCACGGGCAGUCAAACCCAGAAGAUUCUGAUAUGUACAGCACCCGAAGCUGAAGCCAGCAGACCGUACAAGACAGGUUAAAUGUCACCAAAAGCACUUGCCCUGUCUGCACUUCUUGAUUAGCCUACUGGAACUAAAUCUUCUGCUUUAAGACUAAGAUCCCCCAGAUUCCCCCCCCCCCAUUAGAUUAGAUUUAUAUCUUGAAUAUUUGUAAGAUAUUUGGUCAUUUUUCUUGGACUAGAGCUCAUUUUAAACCAAGGCAUCACACAAAGAGCUGCGCUUCAAAGAUUUAAAUUGCUGUAAUCUGCAGAGACUGUCAAAUAAAACAAAAAAGGUGGGGUUGGAGCAGGGGUUCAGCAAUGUGGGUUGGAGCAGGGGUUCAAAUUGGUUCCAGUGUGAUGUUUUAAAAAAAUCACCCUGUAGGUCUACAAAACAUUUCUCUAAUUAUUGAAAUAAAACAAAUCUAAUGAUUUCACUGCUAGUUGGUGUUAUUUUAUACCAAAAAAAUCUUAAGUAGUUCAUAUUCAUAUCUGUACACUAAAAUGCAGAGGUCUUUGUACGGUACUGUUACGUAGAUAUUAAUUAGACUCGCAAGUGGAGAUUAUUGGUAUAACUCAUGCAUUGCACCCCAGUCACGCAACCUUAGAACCAGAGCCAUCUAUACACAACAUUUAUAACAAGUUUUUGAACUGUAAUGAAAGUAAUUUACUCAAAAAUAUGGUGUACCAGUAAUGUUUGAAUGGGGAUGUUUGAAUGGCACAGCAGUUCUUCACGAUAAUCUUAAACUGAGAUUAUUUUCUGCUCUUCCUGCUCCAAAUAUUAAGUACAAAGUCUUGAGAAACUUUAGUUUUUGCUUCACAAUCACAAGCCAUACACUAAAGAUAAAUAGUUGGUAGGAGAUCUUCCCUAUGCACUGGGGGAUUUAGAGUCGACAGUGGCGAGUGCGUGAAAAGUUAAAUGGAUCGCUAAUAAAAACUCCCCACCAAGGAACGUGAUGGAAGCCCCUCACUCGUUGCCUGCCAGAUGGUAGGUGCAGUCCCUGUUCAAUCAGAAGAGCUGGCAGCCCUGAUACUCGGGGAGGUUAAUGGCACGCAGAGCUGCUAAUACUCCACUGAGGGCCUGUUUCACUCUACCAUCAAGAAGUGAAAAAUAUGCUUACUCCAGGGGGAGGCACGCUACAGACAGACAAAACAUCCUCUGCUUCGUGUUUCUGAGUUACAAUAAAAUCACUGACUAUGGGUCUUUCAAAUUUCAAAUCCUAUUCCUAAACUUGGAAGAAAAUGGAGAGUAUGCGUGCAUCAGUGUCAUGAUUUUAACAAACAAAUUCAGUGUUUCGUUAGUGAACUAGUUAUAACUAGUAUUGAUUUGAGAUUAUCUCUUAAGUUAAUAGCAAACGCUGGCUGAAUAUCAAUUUUAGUAUAAUGCUCAGUGUAACAGAGAUGGUAUACUGAUUUCCAUUUAAGAGACUAGCACUGUUUAAGUGUUUUUAAUGUUGGCAAAAACGCUGAUAAUGCAAUACAACAUCAUAUGGGCUGUCAUUGAUUUUGUUUUUAUUAUAUUUUGUAAAAUUCUUUGGUGAAUGAAUGUCAUUGCAUAUAAUAACUCAAUUGUAUCCAGAUACCUCAAUAAACCUUAUAUAAAAUUGA